AUGAAGCUCCCCCAUGACAAACCCACCAAUCCGCCAUCUACAGCAGAUCCUCUAGAUCCUCUGCAAAUACAACAGACUGAAAAACGUACACCAACGUCAACCGAUGAUUCUGGGCCUCUCAGCAACCAGAACGAACCUCAGUACCCCGGAAAGGCCAAGCUCAUCCUCAUCGCUCUCAGCUUGAGCCUCUGCAUGUUCCUUGUGGGGCUAGACAACACAAUUAUUUCCAGCGCCAUCCCUAAAAUCACCGAUGAUUUCAACGCAUUAGAAGAUGUUGGGUGGUACGCGAGUGCCUUCAUGCUCACAGUAUGUUCAUUCCAGCUGAUGUGGGGAAAGCUUUUCACAUUCUACACCGUCAAAUGGGUCUACUUGGCCUCCCUGUUUAUUUUUGAACUGGGCUCUUUGAUCUGUGGUGUUGCACCUACAUCCACUGCUCUGAUUGUGGGGCGUGCUAUUGCCGGAAUCGGUGGUGGUGGUGUCUCAAACGGUUCGUUUUUAUUGAUCGCCUACUCGGUGCCGCCACGCCAACGUCCUAUGUUGAUUGGGGCCCUUGGUGCUAUGUACGGAUUUUCUGCCAUUGCUGGUCCUUUGAUAGGGGGUGCCUUCACCAAUAACGCCAAACUCACUUGGAGGUGGUGUUUCUACAUUAACCUUCCUCUUGGGUUUGUUGCUGGUCUGGUCAUUUUAUUCUUCGUUUCUUCUUUCAAAGGAAGUAAGGCAGGUAAACUCGGCUUCAUCAAUCAACUGAGGCAGAUGGAUAUUCCCGGUACCCUCUGUUUACUUCCUGGUAUCAUUUGUUUGCUCCUUGCCCUGCAAUGGGGUGGUACCAAAUACCCAUGGGCCAGCGGGCGAAUCAUUGCUCUGUUUGUAGUGGCCUUCGUGAUUUUGGUCGCAUUUGGGUUUGUUCAGCUUCGGUCCGGUGAACUUGCAACCGUCCCCAAGAGGAUUUUCUACAACCGCAAUAUUUGGGGCUCAUCUUUGUUCGGCUCAUGCAUCGUCGCUGCGUUUUUCGUCAUACUCUAUUACAUUCAAAUUUGGUUCCAAGCCAUCAAGGGAGCCACCCCAAUCAAGUCCGGUGUCAUGAGUCUUCCUCUUGUACUGAGCUACGUGCUCUUCUCGUUCGUGACGGGCGGUCUUACUUCGGUGUUUGGGUACUACGUACAAUGGGCCUAUAUUGCGGUGGCUUUCAUGGCAAUCGGAGCCGGUCUGCUCACCAUGCUAGACGUCAACUCCGGCCACGCAGAAUGGAUUGGAUAUCAAGUGAUUCUUGGAGCGGGAGUUGGGUGUGGUUUACAGACAGCAUUCUCCGCACCCCAAACUGCGCUAUCAUUGGAGGAUAUCCCCAUCGGCACCGCUGUUGUUAUAUUCACGGAGAAUCUCACCAGUGCGGUCUUCGUCUCCGUUGCGCAGAAUGUGUUCACAAAUCAGCUGAAAACAAAUAUGGCGCAAUAUGCUCCGGAUGUUGAUGCCACUGAAAUUAUUGCAGCCGGCGCAACGAAAUUCAAGAGCCAAGUGCCUAAGGAGCUCUACGAUGUUGUCCUGCUUGCUUACAACAAGGCCCUAGAUCAGACAUUCUACGUGAGCGUCGCCCUCUCUUGCUUUGGUAUUCUCGGUGUAUUGGGGCUGGAGUGGCUCUCUGUCAAAGGAAAGAACGACGAUACUUCUGAUGAUACCCAUGCCAAGUCAUGA